AAAGUAUGUUCCUACCGAGUUUUGAAGAAUUCAAAGAGCAGCCCGUGGGUUCGUUCAAAAGCUUGUACGUUCGGUGGCAGCGUCCGGAAAAGCAAGUCGUCAAUAUUGAACGCCAUGGCUAAUCAUUGUCCUUUAUAACUCAUCACUGAACGUCUACUUUCCCUUGCAAUUUCUCCUCAUCCUUUCAAAAUUUUCUCUCAUUUUCUUUCCCCGGAAACGAACGUCAUGUCUUCCUUGAUCAUUCCUCCUGUUCUUACUACUCCACGGGACGAUGCUGCCCUACUUUACCGCGCCUUUAAAGGGUUUGGCUGUGAUACUGCUGCAGUUAUCAAUGUUCUUGCACAUCGAGAUGCAGCACAGCGUGCUCUGAUUCAGCAGGAAUACAGAGCCAUGUACUCUGAGGAACUCUCCAAACGCUUGAAAUCUGAGCUUAGUGGCAAAGUUGAGGAUGCAAUUUUACUAUGGAUGUAUGAUCCAGCAACAAGAGAUGCUGUUAUAGUGAAGGAGGCUAUAUAUGGACAAACUGUUACUCUUAGAGCUGCCACUGAAGUCAUUUGUUCUCGUACACCAUCGCAGAUUCAGCAUUUUAAACAAGUUUACUUGACCAUGUUUCAUUCUCCCCUUGAACGUGAUAUUCAAAAUAGUACUACUGGUGAUCACCAAAAGCUGCUUUUGGCUUACGUUGGUAAACCACGCUAUGAAGGCCCAGAAGUAGACGGAUCUCUGGUACAAAAAGACGCCAAAUCUCUGUAUAAAGCUGGAGAGAAGAGAUUGGGAACUGAUGAAGAUAAGUUCAUAAAGAUUUUCAGUGAAAGAAGCAGAGCACAUCUCUGUGCUGUUAGUCAUGCUUAUAAACAUACAUACGGACAAUCUUUGAAAGAGGCUAUAAAAAAAGAAACAUCUGGGCAUUUUGAGCAUGGCCUUGUAACAAUUUUGCUGUGUGCUGAGAAUCCUGGGUUUUACUUUGCAAAGGCUUUGCGGAAGGCGAUGAAGGGAUUGGGAACGGAUGACUCCACUCUGAUAAGGAUAAUUGUGUCAAGAGCUGAGAUAGAUAUGCAGUACAUAAAGGCAGAGUACCACAAGAAGUAUAAGAAAACCCUAAACAAAGCAGUUCAUUCUGAGACAUCAGGCAGUUACAGGGACUUUCUUCUCUCCUUGUUGGGUCCAGAUCAUUAGACUACAACAACUGCACUGUGGAUCAAGUGGAUGUAGGAUUCUAAAAGUUCUUAAAUUCCUUCAUGUUUGAGUUCAUGAAAGCUUGUGAUCUUUUCUUUUUCUUUUCUGUAAUUAUUGUAUGUGCUUUGUGUAAGUUUAGGCUAUGAACAUCCACUGUAUGACGUUCUAAGUUUGUUCAUCGUACAUUGAUUGUUUCGAAGUUUUAUUUUGAAAUGAAUGUAUUUAGUGUGUUAGA